UUUGGGGGAUUGUCAAGUUCAUGAAGUGUCCUCCCAUAUGUUGUGUGGAUUUAUGCGCCCUCUGUCCUUGAACCUUUGAGUCACUUUAUGCAGAGAUAACCGUCUUGCUGUUCCAUUCUGUACCAUCCCCGAAGGAAAUUAAUCUUGAGUGUUUUAAUGAAGGGUUAGCUGAAGGAAAUUAAGACUGUCUCUAGAUGGACUUCCAUUUUACAUUUGUUGCUUAUCUCUGUGUGGGAGGCACUGUUGUUGGUGAGGUAUAUCAACACAUGUUCUGGGGCGUUGGCAGUUGGCUCUGUCUCUAUGAUUCUCUCUAGAUCGGGAGAUAUCAUGGAUAUAGCUUUUUUUAGCCACUUGCAUGUUCACCAUUUUUUCUCUUUCUUUCUUUCUUUCUUUCUUUCUUUCUUUCUUUCUGUAGCAGGAUGCGUGUGGGUCUGUAGAGGAGUGCUGAGCUGUCAGCUGUUAGGUUCACCUCCUCUCCUCCCCACUCACCAGUGGUCACCAUGGGCCGAACACCCCAGAGAGACCAAAAAGACUGUAAGAAAGAGAAAACUGGUAAGAGUGAAAUCGCCUACGACUCCUCUCAGACUAACGCUGAUGAGCCGUUCACAUGGGAAGUUUACCUCAAGGAGACCUCAUCAGUGGCUGCCUCUCCGAGCUGCUUCAGACAGUCCAGAGUCCCACCUAACAAUGACUUCAAAAUUGGGAUGAAGGUGGAGGCAUGCGACCCACGCAACUCCACCUCGGUUUGCAUCGCCACGGUGAUGGGCCUGAUGGGCACACGCUUGCGUCUUCGCCUGGAUGGCAGUGACAACACCAAUGAUUUCUGGCGCCUCGUCGACUCAUCCGAGAUCCAGCCCAUCGGCACGUGUGAGAGAAGUGGGGACAUGCUGCAGCCGCCACUAGGAUUUAGAAUGAAUGCCUCCUCAUGGCCCAUGUUCCUGCUGAGAACCUUGAGUGGCGCAGAGAUGGCCCCAGCCAGUGCUUUUAAGGAGGAACCUCCAAGGCCUCCCCAGAAUCACUGCAGGCCAGGUAUGAAACUCGAGGCCGUGGACAGAAAGAACCCUUACCUGAUCUGCCCCGCCACCAUUGGAGAGGUGAAGGGGGAAGAGAUCUUUGUCACGUUUGAUGGCUGGAGGGGGGCCUUUGACUACUGGUGCAAGUACUACUCCCGGGACAUCUUCCCCGUGGGCUGGUGCUCUUUGACCAAACACAGUCUGCAGUCGCCUGGCAACAGCCUCACCAAGAAUCUUAUCCCUGCCCAGUUCCCAUCCAAAGCUUCACGGCGGUCCCCCAUGCAGUCUCCCUACCACCUGCCCCACCCGCUGCCCCCCCUGCCCGUCAGGAAGGGGGUGCGGGGCCGGCGGCCCAAGAGCCAGACCAUCGCCAUGCUGAAGGCAGCCGCAGAAGCAGCGGCGGCGGCAGCAGCUGCCGGGCACAAUGGGCCAGGGGUCGACGGAGCCAACAAAACCAAUCCCUCUGCCCAGCUCGCCCCCAGACCCCACAAGAAGAGAGGGCCCAAACCUGGCAGCAAGAGGAAACCUCGACUGGUUCAAUCUGUGGCCACCACAGGCCUGUCCAGCCUGACCUCGGAGCACAGACUGUCUGCCAUGCAGACGACAAAGGAUGGAUCCAACAACCCCAUCUCUACGGUUUGUGUGUACGUGAACAAGCACGGUAACUGCGGGCCGCACCUGGACCGUAAGCUGGUGCUGCAGCUGCCGGACCACUUUGGGCCGGGGCCGGUCAACAAGGUCCUGCAGUACUCCGUCCAGGCCUGUGUGGACUGUGCCUACCAGCCCAAGCUGCUCUACUCCUUCCUGCAGUCCCAGUCUGACGGCGGGGAGAUCAUCAGAGUGCGCUCUGACGGGGGCACCAGCUACGUGAAGCUGCCGUCGGCCUCCAGCGCGUCCUUCGUGCUCCGCUUCCUGGAGACGCUGUGUCACCACCUGCAGUGUGACAACCUCUUCAGCAGCCAGCCCUUCAGUCCCUUCUCCUCCUCCUUAGCCACACACUCCGCCUACGACAGGAAGACAGUCAAAGAGGAGUCCACGGAGGCUUUAUCGCUAGCCAGGGGCCUCCGGCGCUUCACCAGCGAUUCGGCUUCGUACUCAGACCCCCUGCCCCCGAAACUCCAGCCCUCAGAAGCAGAGACGCUCGCCAACGUUGAGAACGGCGCCCCUUCAGAGCACCAGUCCCCCGAGUACUCCAUGGACACGACCUCCAACGGCAUGUCCCCCCGUCCGCAGACGCUGCGCAACUCGUCCGAGUACCGGCCUCCGUCCGGGGGGGGCCCCUUGUACUCGUCUGGCACCCCGCCACUCCUGCACCGCCUCUCCUCCAACACCCCGGCCACCCGCCUGCACAGACAAGUGGAAGGUAGGCAGUCCAGCUCCACCACGGGCCCUGAGCACCAGAAGGUGGAGCAAGACCCAGCCAGCAGGCCCCCCAGUGGGAGCCCCUCCUCCUGGAGCAUAGAGGAGGUGAUGCAGUUUGUGCGAGACGCCGACCCCCAGGCCCUGGGCCCCCACGCCGAACUCUUCAGAAAACACGAGAUCGACGGCAAGGCCCUGCUGCUGCUGCGCAGUGACAUGAUCAUGAAGUACAUGGGCCUCAAACUGGGCCCCGCCCUCAAGCUGUGUCAUCACAUCGAGAAACUCAAGCAGAGCAAGCCCUAGCAGAAUCCAGUGGACACACACACACAUACACACACACACUAGCACACACAUAUACAUGCCAACAUGGGGCCCCUAAUUUCUUUGACGGGCAACUGGCAACAAGUAAAGCAACGAGCAAAGUCCGCCGUGCAUGAACUUCAGCUAUUUAAUGACUUGGACAAAUCAUUUGGCUAAUUUACUACCAUGAUCCUAAGCGUAAACAUGGACGGGUCAGCACAGUGCUACCACACGCCACACGACAGCUUUAGUUCUCGCACGACGGACUUUGCUCGUUAUGUUUCUCGUUGCCCGUCAAAGGAAAUUAGGGCCCAUGGUCAGAGCAAAUGUGCUGUGGAUGAAAUAUUGACACCCAAGAAGCUCCUUACUUACCAGCUUGUACUUUAGGACUUGACUUCAUGACCUUGGUCAGACAUCUUUUCCAAUGCUCACACAAGGACUAGUUUCACUUCGGUCGACAGCAGAGACCACGUUACCUCAUCACCACUCAAGCACACGAAUGCAGGGGACUGUUGACAUAUGCGUAAGAGGAGGAAGCUGAAGCCCAAAGGAUACUCUGAUAUUCUGAAGUGUUUAUGCAUUCGACCUUCGGCUGUCUGGACAUGGAGGAACACUGUUUAUAUCAUCUCGUUUGUUUGAUUUGUACAAAUUAUUAGAUUUCCGACCUUUUGUUGAAAAAAAAAUCUAUUGUGUAAGCUGUACCCUGAUUCACAGGGUACUCAAUUAGACGGUGGAGAAAAUUUGUAUCACAAAGAAGCAGAAUUCUGAGCAAUUGCUUCCCCAAAGUGGUUUUCGUUUGCUGUAGUCCAGCAUGCAUUUGAGCGUAUGGAAUAUCUGGUGGUGCGUUCUGGGCUUCAUUGCAUGUCUAAAAGAUCCAAUGGAGUCCAAGGGGAGAUGUUUGUAUGUUUCUAGUGUGUUUUUGUAAUGCUAAGCUUUCUGCUGCUGUUUGGACAAUUACUGGAAGCAUCUAUUCAAGAUCAAUGCAAAACCAUAGGUUGUAAAAUAAUAUAUGUGUAAAAAAAAAGUGAAGAAUCUCUUUGAAUAUAUAAACCAAAACAAAACAUACUUUGUGUUUUUUUUUUUUUAAGACUGAACAAAUAUUAACCUGAAAGAUUCUGACUCAAGUUAAAGUAAAACAAUAAGGAUAAAAAAAAAAAACAUUGUUUACCUGUAUGUUGUUUUUUGGUCUUAUAUCAUUGGCUUUGAACACAGGUUCAGCUCGUUCAAACCUCCAUUAUGCUUAUCAGAAUGUGAACAGAAAUGCUCUGAAAAGCAGGGCAUAGAUCACUGUUGCCAUCACCAGCCUUUCCUGGUAGUGCUUCCAUGUCAGAGGUCAGUUUGGUGGGGCACGUCAGGCUGGGUCUACGCAGAAGGUAGCUACUGUUACAUUGUAAAUGCUGUUAUUUAUUUGAUCAAAUGUACAACUCAGGAUGUUCAUGUUCUGUAUGGUUGUCAUCAGUCAGGCACUUGUCAAAUAAUUUUGCUAAUUCCUACAAGUAAUGUUAAGUCCAGUAUCUCUUUACAGACGCUGUUCAAGAGAUGUGGAAAUGCUGCUCUCAGUAGAUGCUUAUUGCUGGCCCACCAUAUCACCAUCGAUUUGCGGAUCAUCUAGAUCUUUUCAGAGAUCUGAUUUCAUUAUGUCUUGACACAAUGCAUAUGCAACUGUAGAUAACACACCGUGCACAUGAGCAGACUUUUCCAGAGAAGCUCAGAGUGAAGUGAUAUGAAGGGGUGGCAGGUCACCACUGUGGACCAUGCCUUCAAACACUUAUUUGCUUAUUUGCAGGACCAUGCCAUGGUCAGGGUGUGUAGUCUGUAGCACAAUUACCAACAUGCCACUGUUCUGACAGUUUGCCAUUUUUAAAUUGCAUGUUUGUAAGACUAUUUGUCAUAUAAACCUUGUAGGUAUUGCUAGGGGCAUGACUGCGGCCACUGGGGAAGAUGAAGUGUUUGAGCCUUGGGAAUCAAGUGCCCCCUAAUUAUGGUGCUAAAGACCAGACCUAGGUAUAUAUCAGUGUGCUUUUGUGGACAAACCAUCAAUACCGGCAGCUAGUUCAAUUAGACUACCUUCCAACCGUGUACCAUGGAUUCAUUUGACUGCCUGUCAUAACAAUAAUGAACAUGUUUGUGAGCAUUAUUUAUUCAUUUUAUUCUUUUAUAUAAUUGUGGCUUUUUUUAUACUUAUUUGUUGAACCCUUUGUUGUCAAUCAUCUAUCAAAUUGAUAAGAAUGUUCAUUUUUAAUUAUCAGAUUUAUACCAUUAUGUAAUGUAUUUAAUGUUGAAGAUUUCUUAUUGGAAGGAUUUCUUUCUUUAUUGCAUCAUUUUUGUAUACAACUGUUUAGUUUGAAAACGGAUUCUUGUUGAAAGUGGUGACUUUAUUUUGAUACUCAGGUUUUGCUAAUUCAGAUUAUUUGAUACUUUUUAUACAACUGCACUCAUGAAAGGUGUAGAGUGCAAGUUGAUUCUCCAAAUCAUCACACACAUUACACACAAUGUCUGCUCAUUUUAUGAAAAUACAUGUUCAUUUCCUCACCUAUUUUUAUAAAAUUGUCAAUGAAA